GGGGCACCUUAGGGACGCCAUUCGGGUCUGUUGGGUGUAUUGUUCAAGCGUGAAUAAGCAAAUCUAGCACAGCAGCGUUUGAGCAUGAUAUAUUUAUUGGGCGGAUAGAUGCUGUGGGUUUUGUGUACAUUUCUUCGAACGCCAUUACUUGACCAGUGGUUUUAUUGGUUUUAUAACAGCACAUUUAUACAGUGUGUCACAGAAGGCUUGGUAGCCAUUUUGAAUAGCAUUAUGUCAUGGCCGAAGUGAGGAUGCAUGGGCAAUGCAGUGCAGUAGAACGGCUUCACUUUUUCUGUUUGUCUGACGAGUACCCUGUUUGAAAUGAUGAAGUUUUGUAUCAGAAUGACAUACAUUCUUACACCAUGCUUAUUUUUUUAUGUUGUGUUAGUUUCAGGUUUUUAUGCAAAAAAAAAAAAAAUGCCUUAAUAUAUUAUAUAGUGUAUACCCGUCAGAAGUCACUUAUGCUCACCAAGGCUGCAUUUAUUUGAUGACAAAUGCAAUAAACUAAUAUUAUUUAUAUUUAAUAUUACAGUAUUACAAUUUAAAAUAACUGUUUUAAACUAUUUGAAUAUCUUUUAAAAUGUAAUUUAUUAGUGUAAUUAGUUUAUUAGAUUACUCCAGUUUUCAGUGUCACAUGAUCCUUCACAAAUGAUUCUAAUAUGCUUUGGUGCUUAAUUAUUAUAUAUAAUUUUAUAAAUGUUGUUAUCAGUUUAAUAUUUCACAUUAUUACUGUUUAACUGUGUUUUCCAUAUAAGAUACAUCUUUAAAAAAAACGUUUGACCAAUAGUGUAAGUUUAAUACCAUAUAAAAAUAUGUGUGUAUUCCAUUACAAUAUGUAUCAAGUCUAUUUUUGAUUGACACAUGCAAAUGAAGGAAUGAGUUUUCUCUUGGAUGUUCGCAGGGCUACUUUUCUACGUUUGCAACAUUUCUACUUUUUAAUGUCUGUCAAAGUUGGGUCCUUUUUCCAAAACAUCAUGUAUUUUUUAUCAGCUUUUCUCACCUCUGUGUCCUCUUCACAUUUCAGCUUCUGUGGAAGAGAGGAUGACAGCACAUAAUCUAUUUUUGGACUGAGAGUCUUUCUUUGGGAUGGACGUCAUAGCACUGAAAUCAGGUUCAGGUGACUCUUUCUGGUGCAGGAUCUCAAAUGGCAUUUCUCUCAAAGCCAUCAUACACAUUUUUAACAGUUUCAGCCCUGGUGCAGCUUUGUAAAAUGUGCUAUUAUGUAUUUUGACGUGCUGAAUUCAAAUAUGACAAAACAAAUGAUUGGCUACUGUUUCCAAGAUAUUUAAGUUUUUACAUUUUAUGUCCAUGUAUAUUGUGUAGCUAGUACCUGUCACCUGUCCUGUUUAUGUAACGCUUUAAAAGUCAGUAAAAUGGUUAUAAAAAUCAAAUUUAUUAUAAAACAAAAGGCAAAAAACUUUUUUACAUUUUACAUGUACAUACUUUAUUCAGUGUUACUCUGCACUUCUUGGCUUGUCUCUUGUAUUCAUUAAAUGAUCUUGUCACUGUCUAGCAAGUCUGCAAGCACUGAUGGGCUCCAUUUGCCCUGAUAGCAUUUCUCCAUUGUUGCAAUGUCCUAGUGAAAUCACUGUUGCAACCAAGGCUUUUGUAUGCCUUGAGGAGGUUUUCCACCAACAACCUGUAAUUGUCUGCCUCGUUGUUUCCAAGAAAAUGUACUGCCACUAACUCCAUGCUGUCUUUUCCUUGCCACACAGUGCAUGGUCAAAUGCAUCAUCUCGAAGAAGUUCACAAAUCUGAGGCCCAACAAAGACACCUUCCUUUAUAGCUUCUCUUAACCUUGCAAUUUUCCACUGAGGUACUUGAAAGCUGCUGGUGUUUUGUCCAUGUCCUUGACAAAGUUUUUUCAUCAGACCCAUCUUGAUGUGUAAAGGUGGUAACAAAAUCUUCCUUGAUUCAACAAGUGGUGGAUGCUAAACACUUUCCCUCCCAGGCUCCAAUGACUGUCGGAGUGGCCAGUCUUUCAUGAUGUAAUGGGAAUCUCUUGCACGACUAUCCCAUUCGCAGAGAAAACAGCAGUACUUUGUGUAUCCAGUCUGCAGACCAAGCAAAAGAGCAACUACCUUCAAAUCGCCACAAAGCUGCCACUGAUGUUGGUCAUAGUUUAUGCACCUCAAAAGUUGUUUCACAUUGUCAUACAUUUCCUUCAUAUGGACUGCAUGACCAACUAGAAUUGAUGGCAAAACAUUGCCAUUAUGCAGCAAAACAGCUUUAAGGCUGUUUAUACUGUUGUAUAUGCUGACCCAAUAGCAUAUUUUGAAAACUGGAGCCAAUCAGCAAUUUUAAGCAUCAUUUUUGUUCUCAGUGACCCAGAACUAGUAGUUUGACGUCAUUUAUUUCAGGCUGUAGACAAGUGAUAUUAAAGCAACUUAAAUGUUUUAAUCAUUUUUUUGUUAUUAUUUUCUUAGUAGACUCAGGUGCUUAGAGAAACAAUUACCAGAAUGAUCCCUCCAGACACACUUACACCAUGUUCCCAAGUGCGCAUCAAAUGUUCUCUGUCACCACUAGAUGGAUGUAAUGACAUUCUAGGGCUCGCUCACUAUGGCAACCUCAGUACACAGUAGACACAGAGAUCCUUGUUCAAAUGGAUUAUUACUAGGGAUAGAACAAAACUUACUACAGUUUGCAAGUCUGUUCUUGGAGUCAGGAAAGAUCAUUCGAUGCGAGUGACAAUGUCAUCUCAGGUAUCUCACAGCCAAAGUGUCCUUCCCUUGUUCAUGGGUAAAAGCAGAAAUAUCACUUUUAUUCUGGACUCAUCUGUGGGAAUGAAUGGCUUUUUGGGACCAGUGAAGAAUCUUAUCAUCCAAACCUUAAUUACUAAAGCUUCACUCAGAGACUCACUCUUCAACAUUAUCAGCUUUUCAUACAAGGCAACACCAUGGUCUUCUCACAUGAUGCCCUGCACUCCUGAUGUAGUCUAUGAAGCCUUGAGCUGGAUCCACACGUUACAGACGAGUCCUGGCAGGGACCUCCACACAGCACUGGCCUUAGCAUUCUCUGACCCUGCCUGUCAGUCUGUCCAUUUGGUGACCAACGGUCUCCCAGACAACCCCACACAAUGCUUGGGUUCAUUAUCAACCCUGGUGACACGCCCUGUGCAUAUAUUUUACCUCUCUGACAAGACUCCCGUGAACACUGACAUGUCAGACUUCUUGCAGUGCAUCACUUCCACCACUAGAGGAAGCUGUUAUGCUAUGUCUCUCGACUCAGUUGGCGCUGUGGAUCAGCUCAGUUUGUUGCAUUCAACGGAUGACCUGAUUCAAAGUCCAUCAUACUCGGAAAAUCCAAGGCAUUCAGUGGACUUCUGUCAGGCCCCAUACUACAACUGCACAAGCUGUGUCUGUUCUACACCAUACUGGUGUUCGCCUGUGAAUCCUUUUAGUGCAGUAUCAUGUGUAUCUGGAAGGGUAAUGCGAGGUGCUGAGCUUAUUUGCGGCUGUCGUGUGUUAGCCAGGAAAGAAAUAGACGGGUUUUACUACCUGGGGACAAUCAUACAUCAGGGCAGAGGAAAUCUUUAUAUGGUGGAGUUUGAUAAGUUUGGACCUAAAGGAAAUACAUUUAAGGAAACAUUAAAUACAGUUCAGCCAACCUGCCAGCCUGAUAUAGUUAAUCUAGCCAUUGCACAUGGGCACAGUAUAGUACCAGGGGACACCGUUUUAGCACCAUGGGAGCCAGAUCUGAGAAGAUAUGGGCCUGGAAGAGUCGUCUCCGGUAUGGAGCUAAGAUAUCCUCUAAAAAGUGAUGAAGGUCUUUUGGGACUCCAGGUUCUCUUCUGGAACGGGAUGACAAUUCAUGUCCCCAAAGAGCUUGCUGUACGGAUUCCAGCCUCUCACCAUGAGCAAAUUAUCAAAGACCUCCAGCAUUAUUCAUCCAGGCCAUGUAGCUACAGGGUUUCCCACUGCUGCAGCACCAUGAACUGUUUUGAGUUGCCAUGUCACCGGUGCAACCACCACAGUCUGUCCUCCUCCAUUCCCCUGCUCCACUGUCCAGUCAAGAGAUGCUGGCCAAUGUUCAUGUCAUCUCCACUACUGAACAACCAGAGGAGAGAUGAGCUGGAAAGGAAAGUUGAUCUCCAACUGAAAGAAUUACAGAGCUCUCAACAGACACAAGUGCCUUCAUCUUCCUCAUCAUCAACCUCUGACUCGGAUGAGAAUGAGGAGGAUACUGCAGCUGGAAAACACAGGUCAGAACUGGUGAGUCGCUCAGUAAACACAGAGAUUUCCUGCCUGAGAAAGCCAUACACUCAACCUGAGUCCAAACCAGCCUGGAGAUACUGGAAAAGUGGUUCUGCAGAACCACAGCACAAGCAACCAGGAAGAGCAGUCAGGUCUCCAAAUGUAACCCAUUCUUGGCCAAGAGACACUGGGACUUCUGGGAGCGCUACAGAUAACUCUAUGAUGACCAAUCACAGCUCUUUAUUUAAACUGGUUCGUGAAUCACCAAAACGAGGAGUCAAUAUGAGGGACAUAUUUGGAUCAACUGAAUUAAAGUCAUCACCAUCACCAAUAUCUGUAGCAAUCAGCACAAGGCCAAAUAAAGUGAUACUAGUUCCACAGCCAAAGUUCAAAGUGUUAUGAGAAUUGCUAGUCAGCUUUAGCUGAUAUUUUUCAGGGAUGAUGUUUGUUUGUAAUUCAAAUAUCUUAUUGCUGGUGUACAAAGUGAAUACAAAAUACUAUUGUGUAAAAUCAUGCAAAACUUUAUUAAAAUGAAACGUCUGUAAGAGGUAUAAAUAAAGUGAAAUUACAUGUA